AUGGCGAAAAUCGAAACACUCAGCUCUCUCUCGCAGCUCUCGACGACGCUCUCAAAGAAUGUGAUUGUUAUUAUUGACUUCCACGCAACCUGGUGCGGCCCCUGCAAAGCCAUCGCACCCACCUUCGAGUCCCUCGCCACAAAGCACGCCGCGCCCUCAAAGGUCGCGUUCACAAAGUGCGACGUCGACGCCGCCCAGGAGAUUGCCGCCCAAUACGGCGUCCGAGCAAUGCCCACCUUCCUAAUCUUCAAGAACCGGCAAGAAGUCGCGCGCAUCCAAGGCGCCGACGUCCGCGGCCUCACCACCGCCGUCGAGAAGUACGCCGCCGAGGCAAACUCCUCCAGCUCCAGCUCGUCGGCGUCGGCGUCGUCGUCUGCCACCGCCGCCGCCGGUGGUGUUGGUGGUGUUGGUGGUGGUGGUGCAAAGCCGGCACGGUAUGUGCGCGACGGCCAGGUUGUCGCUGGCGCGCCCGUGGGCGCACAGAUGCGCGGGUGGGUGAAUGCCGCCGUGGUGUUUUUUGGGCUGUACUUUAUGAGCCUGUUUAGUUUGGAUCCCGUGAGCGCGGCUGAGGAGUCGCCGUUUAAUGUCAAUAGGAAGGACAAGGGCCCCGUUGCGCGGGGGGUCGCGGGGAUGGGCGGGCCUGGGAGAAUGGCGCCGGGUGCGACGGGGAGGAGAUUGGGGACUUUGGAUAGCAUCCGUGGGAGUGGUGGCUAA